UGGGAUGGCGGAGGACCCAGAAGAGGAACUGCUACUUCAUUAAGAGCAUCGCUUCACGGGGAGUAUACGCUACUUUCGAAUUCAGCGGGGAAAAAAAUCACUUUCGCUGCCUACCAACAUCAGUAGCCGGAUGAAUCCUUGAAAACGGUGGCCGGCUGGAAGGGGCUUUGAAUGGGAAUGCCGAUUUGCCUGGAAGGAGCGGCGAUGCAGCAGCAGGACGAGACAGCGCUCCUUCGUGAUAGUAGUUUUGGGCUUGAUUUCGUGCCGUGCGUGUGAUUGCGCACGAAACAAACUCUCCGUUAUGAGAAAUGAUUUAACGCUAACUUGCUUAUUUUCCGGUGUAUCGCAACUGGCAUUUAAGAAACCGCCAUCAUUAUGUGAUGAAGGCCUGAGGAAGAAUAGCUAUUUUCAAUGGAGGCUCUAUGGAAGGUAGAACCGAUUCCGACAUAAUGUAGCCAAAACGGAAUAUUAUCACAGAUAAUAAGAUACAUUUAUACGAAAAAAAGUAAUCGUAUUACAAUUACAACUCUCUGGAUGUAAAUAUAUCAUGGAUUUGCUGUUUUCCCCAUAAUUUCCCGUCCAGUUUCCAGGAGGUGAGAUCUAGUUGAUUCCGCGUUCUUUAUAUAAUAACGAAAUCGUUACAAAUUCUCCUCUUCGGUGAACCUACUGGCUAGAAACUUUACUUGGGCAUGGGUGAAGGAAGUCAAAACGAUUUUCACGCUUCGUAACGAGAUGAACUUAAGGAUGACAUUUUACACCUACAAUAUGGAUUAAUGUCUGGAUAGAUGCUGGUCAACAUGAGAUGAUAAUACGACGCAUGAGAUCCCCUUAUCAAUCGAGCUCACAUAGCAAACCAUGACUGCUCCGGCGCUGCUGCCACUGUCGGGCCGGCGGAUACCGUCUGUCGUAUCUGGAGCCUCCUCGCUGGCCCACCACAGGGCCACGCUGCGGCUCUCAGAGAAAUUCAUCCUCCUCCUCAUCCUCAGUGCCUUCAUCACCCUCUGCUUUGGGGCAUUCUUCUUUCUUCCGGACAGCUCCAAACACAAGCGCUUCGACCUGGGCCUGGAGGAUGUGCUUAUACCCCACAUCGACCCUAACAUACAGGGCAGGCACCCUGGUCUGGCAGUGAUCCACGGGCAAGGAGACCAUGACGAACACCGGCACAGGGAGGAAGAGGAGAGCCUGAGGAGAAAGAUCCGUGCUGCCCAUGAGCAGGCCCUGCAGGAGGCCAAGGAAAAGCUGAGAAAGUCUCACCAAGAGCUACGGGCUGAAAUCCAGACAGAAAAGAACCGCAUGGCCCAGGACCUCCACAUGAAGGAGGCUGCAGCCCCACCUCUGUCUCCAGUGCCCAUGCCUCGGUUAGUGGGCAUCAAUGACGGCGACCCUGGGGACCCUGAGGUGAAGGAGAAGCGCGACAAGAUCCGAGAGAUGAUGAAGCAUGCUUGGGACAGCUACCGGCAGUAUGGCUGGGGACACAACGAGCUUAAGCCGUUGGCCAAGAAGGGACAUUCCACCAACAUCUUUGGAAACUCCCAGAUGGGAGCUACCAUUGUGGAUGCACUGGACACGCUCUAUAUGAUGGGCCUGCAUGAUGAGUUUAAGGACGGACAGGCUUGGAUUGAAGAGAACCUGGACUUCAGUGUGAACGCAGAAGUGUCUGUCUUUGAGGUUAACAUCCGCUUCAUUGGUGGACUGCUGGCAGCGUAUUACCUCUCAGGACAGGAGGUUUUUAAGGUGAAGGCGGUCCAGCUGGCUGAGAAGCUUCUUCCAGCAUUUAACACCCCCACAGGAAUCCCGUGGGCCAUGGUGAACCUGAAGAGCGGUGUAGGCCGGAACUGGGGCUGGGCUUCAGCAGGCAGCAGUAUCCUCGCUGAGUUCGGAACCCUCCACAUGGAGUUCGUUCACCUCACCUACCUGUCGGGAAACCCCAACUUCUACCAGAAGGUUAUGCACAUACGCAAGCUACUGGCCAAGCUGGACCGGCCCAAUGGACUGUACCCCAAUUAUCUGAACCCUCGGACAGGACGCUGGGGACAGCACCACACCUCUGUGGGAGGACUAGGGGACAGUUUCUAUGAAUACCUCCUAAAAGCCUGGCUCAUGUCUGACAGAACUGACAAGGAGGCCAGGAAGACCUAUGAUGAUGCUAUUGAGGCUAUAGAGCGACAUUUGAUUCGCAAGUCCAGUGGCGGCUUGACCUUCAUCGGAGAAUGGAAGAACGGACACCUGGAGCGCAAGAUGGGUCACCUGACCUGCUUUGCUGGGGGCAUGUUUGCCCUGGGAGCUGAUGGCUCACCAAAUGACAAGGCUGGACACUAUUUGCAGCUGGGGGCCGAAAUCGCCCACACAUGCCAUGAAUCAUAUGACCGUACGGUGCUGAAGCUCGGGCCAGAGGCUUUCAAGUUUGACAGUGGCCUAGAAGCUGUAGCCAUCCGCCAGAAUGAGAAGUAUUACAUACUGAGGCCUGAAGUCAUUGAGACCUACUGGUACAUGUGGAGGUUCACCCAUGACCCCAAGUACCGCCAGUGGGGUUGGGAGGCCGCAGAGGCCAUCAAUAAGCACUGUCGGGUCAGUGGCGGGUUUUCCGGAGUCAAGGAUGUCUAUUCCUCCAGCCCUGCCUAUGACGACGUGCAGCAGAGCUUCUUUCUGGCAGAGACUCUGAAGUACCUCUACCUGCUUUUCUCCAGCGACGAUCUUCUGCCAUUGGAUAGCUGGGUGUUCAACACAGAGGCUCACCCCCUCCCCGUGCUGCACCUGGUCAACCUCACUCUGCCAGGGAGCCAGCAGUAGGGACCCAGAACACCUGCCUUGGCUUUACCCCCAUGUCCUCAAGUGGAUUAACAUGUUUCUCUGUGGAACUUUAGACCUUACAGCCACCUGGGGGCAACUGAAAAUAUGUCCUGGCCGGGGGGGGGUCAUUCUACGACCUACAGUUUUUUAAACUAUGUAUAUAUUUCCCUUCGUUGCCAGUGACUGCCGGUAGCAACAAAUAACACAAUAACAAGAACACUUCUGGGUUUGACUUUUGGCCUGGAAUGGAUUGGCCUGGAAUGACUCUUAACAUAAGGUCCAUCACAGUCUCAGUGGAAACAGGGCCCUCUUCCACAAAAUGCUCUUCAGCUCUAAAUGUCACUGUUGUUCAUCCUUUAUUCAACACAUUUGUCCUCAUAAAACCUGCUGGAUAUAAUUCAUUUAUAGCCUUAUAAUGGUGGGACCUGUGGGCGGGUUUCGGCUCUCCCUCCUUUUAUGUGAUGUCAUUUCCUGCUCCUAUUAAACCCUGUGGCUGCACUGCGGUAUGGGAGACCUCCUCACUGCCUGCCCCCAAACACAAAACCAGUGUAGUUGUCCUCGUCUUUUCAUUCAGAAGGUUUUAAGUGACUGGCUCCUGCAACACGCACAGUAUGUUUCAGUUGGAGGAUGCUGUACAAUGUUGCCGAAUUGUAAAAUUGAAUCUAUAACUGGUUUUUCUUGAUGUGUUUGAAAGUUGAAAGUAAAAAGGAGAUACUUACAAGCA